AUGAUACUAAAUUUAAAAACCUUAUCUUUUAUUGUAGACUUUCCUGAUUCUGCAAUUUCUAUACAUAUGAAAGGUCGUCAUGAGCCUCGUACAGUUGAAACCCGUUGUUGUGAUAUUGAUUUUGUGAAAAAGCUAUUGUUCACUUGUCAGGAAAUUAUAAAUGAAGUUAAUAUUGUAGAUCAAUCCAAAGAAAAUUGCUCAAAAUAUGCUAUUGAAUUUUACAAUUCAGUUGUUAAUGUUGGAAAAGAUGAAUCAUUAAAAAUAAUUGUUGAUACUUUAUCACAAAAUAGUAAUUUGUGGUUAAAGGUUCGUCAAUUAAGGAUAACAGGUACAUCUGCUUAUGCAUUGUAUACAUUUUACCAUGGAAAAAAUGGUGUUAUUGCUGAAGCUUGGCUUAAUAAACUUGAAAGGAUUGUAUUUCCCACCUUUUCUGGAAAUUUGGCGACUAAAUUUGGAAAAAAUUAUGAGGACAAAGCUAAGAAAGCAUUUGAAAGACUUACGGGAUUUCAAAUCAAAACCUUUGGUUUUAUUAUUAAUCAUCGCUGUCCGUGGCUUGGGUUUAGCCCUGAUGGUUUUUAUCAAUGUGGUGACAAGUUUGUUUUAAUAGAAAUUAAAUGUCCAGUUGCGGGAAAAUCAAAAUCAGGAAUAGACUUAAUAAAAACGUUAAAAUACAUCUUAUUUGAUGAAGUUACAGGAAAAAUAAAGCUUAAAAAAAACCACCAGUACUACGCCCAAAUUCAGUUAGGCUUAUUAUUAUGUAAUUUAUUUACGGGUAUCCUAAUUUUAUAUGAACAAAUAAACGAUUCAGUUUUACAAAUUGAAAUUGAGUUUGACUACGAGUAUUGCACAAAUAUGUAUCAAACAUUAAUUUGCGUUUAUUUUAAUCAUUAUUUACCUUUUUUAGUUAGACACCAAGAUCGGUUGAUUAAAAUAUGA